CUCUUGGCAGCCCUUCUUUCGAAGAUAAGGUGAAUCGUAAACAAAAUCCAGUCAGACAUUACUAAGUGAAGCCAAAAUAAAAAUGAUAAGAGUACUGCAAAAAGGCACGCAUGUCUUGUUACGUCAACAACUGUCUGCGAGACCAGCCUUGCUUUCCGCGAAUUUCGCAACGGCCUUAAAGGGGCAGGAUGCACCCCCACCCAUAUAUACGAUGAAUGAAGUGCUAACUGAAAUCAUGCAGCGUUUGGGGCUGGAGAGGGGCUACUGUCCCAUACCAAAAAGUCGGGAACAUUUACUAAAGUAUACCCCGAAAGCGGAGGACUUACCCGCACGUGCAAUGCAGGAUUCCUACACGUCGGCGCUGCUCCCACUUAGUACUGAUUUGGAACUACAAGACAAUUACGUCUCACAUUUGGGUAACGUACGAAUGGGUCGUCUAAUGGAAGAUAUGGAUGCUUUUGCAGUUUGGGUUGCUCAUCAGCAUAUUAAAGUGCCCACCCUUCCCGCCAAUGUCAACUUGCCAUACACUUUUGUCACAAUACUGGUUGAUAAAGUGACGUUCAGCGACCUAAUAACCGAUGUCAAGCAAGAUAUACGUAUUUCUGGGCAUAUGUCUUGGGUAGGACGGAGUUCCAUGGAAAUCGUUGUGUGGCUAGAGCAAAAGCAUCAUGACGUUUAUAAGAAAAUAACUCGUGCGCUAUUUCUCAUGGGUGCACGCAAUGCUACCAAUACCGGGCCGGCUCCGGUUAAUCCAAUUGCACCAGCCACGGAGGAGGAGAAACAGAUACUUUCCGGUGGUGAGGAGCGCAAAAAGCGACGCCAAAUGAUACAAGCACAAUCGAUAUUUAAAGUAGAACCAAACGAUUUUGAGCAAUCCUUAAUGUAUGACAUCUAUAAGCGUACCACACAUACCAAUACUAUGGAGCUGAAUAAACGUUUGUUACCGUCGAAUGCGCGUUGGAUGUCUGAAUGGAGUACAGUUACAACGAUACCAUGCUUUCCGGAGCAUCGCAAUGCACACAAUACAGUGUUCGGUGGAUUUUUAAUGCGUUUAGGUUUGGAAAGCAGCUGGACAGCUGCUUUCCUGUAUUGCGGCACACGUCCCAAAUUGAUGCAUAUUUGCGACAUUAGCUUCGAGAAGCCUGUCCCGGUUACUUCGUUUAUAAAACUAACCUCCUAUGUGGUGUAUACCGAAUUGAAUUAUCUGCAAAUAAUGACAGUUAUUGAUGUAUUGGACACAAGUGGUGGCGGCAGUGGUCAAGUCACUACAAACGUCUUCUAUAGUACAUAUAAAUCAAAUGAGACUGUACACCAGAUACUACCAAGAUCUUAUCACGAGACUAUGUGGUACAUACAAGGAAGGCGCAAGUUUAAAUAUUCAAUGGGCUUGGAAUAAAUUAAUUUCAAAUGUGCAAUAUAAUCCCUAUAAAGACGCUAAGCUGAUUUAGUGCUUAAUUAUGCCUAUGUAAAACACAAUUUACAUUGUGAUUUCUAUAAAUUGUGUAUUUAACCUAAAAUCCAUUUUACUAACAGUGACUAAUAGCUUAAGUAAUCAUUGCAUAAAUUAAUUUUGAUUUUAGUAUAUUUUAUAAUAUUUAUAUUUGAUCGUUUUACUCAUUUUUGUAAGUAGAUAUAUUUUUUAAUUGCUGCUAUUUAUAAAAAGAUACUUACCUGUUAUUUAAUCGGCAUUGUAAUCUCUUCUGUGAAAAAUAAAGUGAUGAAGAAUCUCCAACAACCAUUCGUUGUGCAAAUACAA